GGCGGUGGCUGCUACGGCUACACGGCCGCCAUCACCAUCCGUGUCCCAUCCUAUAGUAAAACUCCAAAGCAGUCCCCGAUCCGUCUCCGUGUGUGUUAGUUAGGGAAUCGCGUUUUACCCGGUGCUUCUGGCUUCUCUACUCGGCGCGAGGCCGCUAGUAACGCACCGUAACCGUUUUCUGCCUCUGCCUCUCCGCCUUGUCGCCCUCUGCUCCGUUUUCUCUCUGCUAUGUCUUGACACACCGUCCGCCCGCCGCCCGCCAUCCUCCUCUCACCUCUUCUCUCUUUCGCUUUUCCCGUUUUCUCGCGUUCCUUCCACCACGCUCUUUGACCCGUCUCGCAUCCGUCUCGCGUCCCCUUUCCUUCCCCUUCCCCCCGCCCCCCCUCUUACUCGCCGUGUGUGUCCGCGCGUGUAUAGUCGCCCGCCGUCAUUGUCCGUCUUCUCGCCCCGCGGGAUCGCGAUCGCGAGUGUGCUCUCCUUUUUUUUCCCUUUUUCUCCAUAUACGUCUCUCGGUGCGUGGCGCGAAGAGACGGUCGUCUCGUACGAAGAAGGUGUCGAAGGUGGAGGAGGAAGUGAUGGAGUAGGGGAGGGGAGAAGGUAAAAGACGCGGAGAUGGAGGAGGAGAAGAAAGAAGAAGCGAUACAAGAGGAGUGAUCGAGAAAGGAGCGUGCAACAUUCUCGCGCGCGACAUUCCCGCGAAAUAUACCAGGAGCACGGAGUAGCCUCUCCCUUUUCUCUCCUUUUCUCUCCCUCUUUCCCUCUCACACUCUCUCUCUCUCUCUACCUUUCGUUUGUGUUUCUCGGCCCAGCUCACUCUCUUUCUCUCUCUCACCCUCUCUCCUUUUUCGGCGUUUCCGCGCGAUCUCUCCGCGCGAGACACCCGCGCGCCGCGAGUGAAAUGAUUAUUUACAAAGCGUAGCUGCGGCCAGCCGCGUCUCAACUGGUCUCAACCGUCCACCGUCUUCGACAACGACCACGGAAAAGUCACGAGGCGGCGCGGCGAGGAAGACGCGAGGGAGAGAAGAGCCCAGCGAGGGGGAAGAAUGUUGUGCCGCGGAAACCGGCCAGGUCUCCACGUUCCAGCGGGAGUCGAUUCGCGCGGAUCUACAUCUCGGCUCACCUGAAAUCCCCCGCGGGGAAAACUCGCCGAAUAUAAAGCGGGACCCACGUCCCGCCCAUCCGUCUCUCUGUAUCUGCGUCUCUUCUUCUCGCGCCGCGCGAGUCUUCCGUGCGCGAGGAGGUGGCCGAAACGGAGCGAACGCGAACGGUCCGGUCCGGUCCAGGCGGAGGCACCAUCAGGCGCAUAUAUCUUCGACAAUUGGAAUUCUCCGUCCCCGUCGAGAAGCGGCUCUCCUCUCGCGCACAUAGCCUUCACCGUGGUUUCCUCCACGUUUCCGUGCCUCUCCCGCGCGCGCACGUCUCCGCGACGCGCCGAUCAAGCUCUACGAUCGUCGUAACCGCGGGAUCAAGCACGAUCAGCGGCAGUGACGCGCGUGUUUCUUCGAUGUCCGUCGGUGGUGCGUGGUCGAGCGGUAGUGCGCCGUUCCUUCACGCGGUCGUCGAUCACGUCGCGUCGCGACGCUCAACGUCAUCGCCGAAGUCAUCGUCUACGGAGUCUACGACAGAGUAGCCGUGCCCGCGACGAUGAUGAGACGAGCGAUUCGUCCUGUCGGUCUGUGUCUCGAACCGCGAUAGAUCGCACAUCGCACGCACAGUCGCGCGGUGAGAGCGCGGUGAUUAGAGCGGCCUGAAAGGGAGGAUAGAUGAUCGGGUGACAAGGGAGCGCGAUAAAACGGAGUGGAUCCGCAUGCGCGCGCGCGCGCGGGCCGCGACGAGGCUUCGCGACGAGGGCAGCGAGAGUUCAAGUUGAAAGUAUACGCGUGAGAGGCGGAGACCCGCGGAGACCUGACAAGAGGGAAGAGCGAGGAAAAUUUGCUGCAGCGAUGUUGAUGCGCCGCUGUGCCUUAGAACGCCGAUGGACAACGAACUCGUCGUCGUGAGGCGAAAACCGAGCUGACGCCUCCCCACGCCGGAAAACGGAACCUGGCCGCGACGUCGAGGAGCCGAAGCCGGAGCUGGAGGAGGAGGAGGUGGAGGAAGAGGAGGAAGAGGAGCCGCCGGACGUAACCCUCGAGGCACCGGCUCCCGCGAAUAUGAGCAUGACUCUCGUCCGAAAUUCGUUCAAAGGCUGUAGCGAGGACGACGCAGGUGUCGUGGAUACGGAGGUGGGCGGAGGUUGCGCGGGUGGAGCGCCAACCGCAGGAGGUGGAAGUGUUGCCGGCGAUGGAGGUGGUGGUGGUGGCGGUAGCGGCGGUACGCGCGGGGGGCUGGGUGGUGGCGGCGACAGCGAGGGCGGAUCAUCCGCGAAGCAGCAGCAGCAGCAGGGUGGCGAAAGGUGCCCUCAGUGCGGCAUCCCCUGUCGGGACGUCCGUGUCCUGCAGCUUCACCUCGAGGACACGCACAAAACGUCCUGUACCAUCGACAAGCACGAUCUCAACGCCCAGUUCUCCCAAGUGUCCUGUAAGGUGUGCAGCAAGACCUUCGCCAACGUCUAUCGAUUGCAGAGGCACAUGAUUAGCCAUGAUGAAAGUGCCGUUCUACGAAAGUUUAAAUGUCCUCAUUGCGAGAAAGCCUUCAAGUUCAAGCAUCACCUUAAGGAACACCUGCGCAUCCACAGCGGUGAGAAGCCAUUCCAAUGCAACAAUUGCGGCAAGCGUUUCUCUCAUUCUGGGUCGUAUUCGAGCCACAUGACGGCGAAGAAGUGCUUGAUAAUGAAUCUGAAAAAGUCGAGGCAGAACACCAUAAGCAAUGUCGAUCGGGGACAGAAGAAGGCGCAUCAGGCGUUAUCGGGACGACGCGACGUCGAUCUACUGACAGCCAACAAUAAUACGUUUCUGCCGAUUCUACCGAAGUUAUCGCCUUCGGAGUAUCAGGAGAUACAAAGAGAGGGAACAGGUAUUUAUGACAUGCCAACCCUAGUGCCUCCCAACCUGGGAUUCGGAAAUUACUUGCUGCACUCUACGUUAGGCAAGCUGCUGAAUCAAUUCAGCGCUAGGCGAUUGGACCACAUUACCGAGCAAUUUGAGACGCAUCGGGAAGUGAUGAGUCCAUCGACAGCGGACUCUGAGGGAACGGAGGGCACAGAAGGCAAGGAGUCUCCCGCGCCGGUAGACCCGUUGCAGGGGCUCGAUGCGGUUCGGCGAAUAUUAGAGACCGUAAACACCACCGUGACAAAGCAACUGCUUGAAGCGAACGUACGGAAGCUAUCCACGUCUCCGGCCACGAUGAAACGGGAGUUCGAAGAGGAUUACCAGGAUCAAGAUAGCGAAAUGUCUAGUGAAAUGACACAUUGUCCGGACUGGGGUACAAUGGACCAAUACGACUCACAAAGCGAAGGUUUAGCCGCGAAGCUCGAAAAUGUCAAUCAACCGACAUCGAGAUCAGCCAAGAGAAAAGCGGAGGAAAGUUCUGAACCGGAUUCGGAAGAUGAAGAUGAGGGCAACCAGUCUCACAACGACAACGGGUCGAGAAGAGUCAGAGCUAGGUCGCUCAUAGACGAUGAACAGCUUGCUGUUCUAAAAGGUUAUUAUGCCAUCAAUCCGCGGCCUAAAAAGGAGGAAAUCAUCAUGAUCGCCAAUUAUAUUAAUUUUUCCACUCGUGUCGUACAGGUUUGGUUUCAAAAUUCUCGUGCCAGGGAUCGAAGAGAGUCGAAAAUGCCACCAGCUCUGGUACCUUUACUACUUCCGGAGAAUCCAACUAUUAUCGAGCAGCCCUUGGAUUUGUCGAAGAAAGAAGCGCUUGUUAUAUCGGCGACCAAGGAAAGUGAUACAUCGAGUAGAAAUACUUCGUCUCCGUGCGAACAGAAGGAUGAUAUUGCAGCCCCAACUGUCGACAACGAUGACCUCGAGGAUUCGCCUUUGGUCAUAGACGAAGAGACUGCUGCUGAUUCCAUUGAAGCUAAACGUACGUUUUCCAGUGGAGAAGCAAUUACAAAGAAUCAAAAUCAAGCGAACGCAAAGGGCGAGAGCGAAGUUGCACCACAAUCAGAAAUAACCCCUACAGCAACAGAGAACGAGCAAGGUCUUUAUUUCUGUGAUCGGUGUGAGAAAACAUUUUCCAAACACAGUUCCCUCACGAGACACAAGUAUGAACAUUCCGGGCAAAGGCCCUACAAAUGUGUGGAGUGUCCAAGAGCGUUCAAGCACAAGCAUCAUCUGACUGAACACAAGCGGUUGCACAGCGGCGAAAAGCCCUUCCAGUGCUCCAAGUGCCUCAAGCGCUUCUCUCACUCCGGCUCCUAUAGCCAACACAUGAAUCAUCGUUAUUCUUACUGCAAGCCCUACAGAGAAUAGGAGUACUCCGUCUGCUCAUCCGCUCGCUCGCUUACCUAGAUUAGACCUUUCGCUCAUAGACUUAUAUAGAUAGACUGUGCGCUUUUGUUAGAGACGAGAAAUCAGAAUUAGUAGAAGAGGACAACAGAGAGUCAGAUGCUUUCCUUGUGCAGUUGGUGGGAAGAAGGAAAGAGGAAUAGCAAUCACUUUCUUUGCUCUUAGAAGGAGAUACGCAUUAUCCUUUUUCUCUCCAACCUCAUUUUUAUGGAUUACCAUUUACUUCACUCCUUUACUCACAACCUUUAAUUCUCCAAUCAGUUUCAUGUAAAAUUAACACAUGAGGCGAAGAUCAGGAUCGACCAUGGAAUCCGCCUAUUAUUCGAGCAUAUAGAGUUAUGUGUUAUCCUCUUAUCUCUUAUUUUAACAUUUUCUUACAUUAUCUUUUCUCCGGGCAUUGUGUGACAGAGAGAGCAUGUGACCACGUGUAUCUCUGUCCUUCAAUGUUAUCAGCUGUUGUACAAGAACGCACAGUCUCCCAGAUAAUCAAAUCUAUCUAGAAUAGAUUUUGCAAAGUGUCUGCUAUAAAUUUUGUUAAUAGAGUGCCAACAGAAACCGAGCAAAAUCUUCGAUCAUCUCCCUCCUCACAAUCUCUGUUUUGCUCAACUUACCCUUUCUCUGUUGUCUCCCAAAAACAUGUUAACUUUUAUCCUCAAUCCACCAUUUCUCCUUCGAAUUCCUCUCUUUUGUCUAAUCCAUUUCCUAAUUCUGUUCCUCUUCCUCUUCCUCCCUCCUCUCUUUAAUUAUUUAUUUCCUUCCUGUUGAGCCAGAGUAAUGGUCGAAGUCGACCUUAUCUCCCACCUUCAUUCUCGCCACUUUAUCUCCAUUUGCCGCAGUAUUCUGUUCGAAUCUGCUGCUAGCAAAUUACAGCAAAUGGGAUAACACAUACGAUUCACAUUUUGCUCUUAUUAGGAUAUAUUUCAUUUAAAUGAUCACAAAACGAUUUUGCUCGGUAUCUGUUAUCAGAUUAUUUCUGCAGGCUCUGCUGGCAGAACGCGAGCUUAAGGCGCACGCCAGUACGUCGCUACGGUAUUCUGCUCGGUAAUUUGCUGGCACGUUGCUAGCAUAUCGCUGACAUUUUGCUUACUGGUAAUCUAUAUAAGACUAUGCUUUCUUCUUACAUUUAGAAUUUUCCUCUUUUAUGUGUGAGUUUGUCCUUCGAGGACCUUUUUUCGUGAGAAAACGCUAGAACGCCUUUAUACCCUCCUCUCGCGGUAUGAACUUUAAGGGACGCCGCGAUGUUUCGUGAAGCUAUAAGUAUAAUAUAUAUAUAUAUCUAAGAUGCUGCGCGACAUCACAUUAUAAAGCCAUGGCGUUAUUGCUCGUCGGUUCGUACUUCAAAAAGAAAAAAAAAGUAAAAUAUGAAAAAACGGUUUUAGGCGAUGCAAUUCGGAGAAGUUAAAUGUCAAAAUGAACGCUAGAUCUCGCAAAUGAGAUGUAUCGUUUCAUCUUGUAUCGUCUGAACCGGCUUUAGAGAUUGUACUAAUUUUAUUUUAGGACUUGACUUGAGAAAAAAAAAUGACCGGUGAAUACAAACGAAAAAGAAAAUUACUCGCGGCAAGCGCGUCGACAAAUAAGCCAAACGCAUGUAACAGUACCAAAAAGCAUAAUGCAAUAAUCUAUUAUAUAUAUAUAAUAUAAUAUACAUAAUAUUUUAGUAUUUUUAUUGACAAAAUAUUAUAUAUACCAUGACAAUAAUAAGGAAACUAAUUAAUGUACAAAUUUGUUAGCUACGUCCGCGAGGAGCGCGAUGUCCAUUCAAAAAAGAAAAAAAAAUGAUACACGAGCUAGAUUCGACGAUAGAAAAAAAAGUUUUAAACAAUUAAUCUCCGCGCAAAGCGAUGUAUCGCGCAUUUCGCUAAAUAUUUUCGAAAACUCAGGUUUUAACGAUAAUUUGAAUAUAAGAAUGGAGAUCGCGCAUAGUGUAUAACGAGUACUCGUUCUACGCGAGUAAAGAUGGAUAUAUUGAGUUUACCGAAUCAAAUAUGUCUGGGGUACAGCUGUUAAUUGAGCUUAACAUUAAGGAAUUUUGUCGAUUGUAAAGACGGAGAUUAGAAUCUCAUGUUCCACUUCCUUACAAUGAAUAACUUUACUCGAAGAAAGCAGGCUAUAUUAUUAUAUUAUUAUUCUACAUUAUUAUAUAUGUAUAGAACGGAGGAAAAAGAGGAAAGAGAGAAAGAGAGCGAAAUGGACGAGUUUUGAAUUUAAGGGCCAUGCGGGUCGGUGAUCGAUGUCAUGCGAGAUCUUCUUUUUUUGCUAUUGUACUUACAAGUUGAUGACGCGUUAUUUCUACAAUGCACAACGUGAUUGUUCGAAGAAUUGUUCGAGACGAUGAGAAAUACGUAGUACGUCGUGAAAUGCGUUACACAUUCCGCGAGGAUCCGUUUCUCAGGGCCUCCUCCAUUUUAUUUAUCACUUUUUUUUUCUUUUGCAACGAAUAGCACUGCGAAUGGCACCUUUCAUCAGAACCCUGACCUCGUUCUUGCCGGAUAGCAGAAACACGCGUGCGUUUCGCGUGGCGAAGAUUAGUAGUUCGGAAACUAGAUUUCGAUGUGACACGAAUGUAACGCAGAAAUAUCCGAAAGAAACGUAUCCAAAAGACGUCGAAAGGAUGCCCGAAGCGUACGGCUGUCCUUGGCGCCUUUUGUUACGUUCGCUUUUUUUGUGGAAAGGUGCGGCGCGAAGAGACACGCGAAAACGUGCACCGAAAAACCUCGCAAUAAUCUCUUCACCGAAAUCCGAGGCCCGAAAAAUAACCGUAACACCUAAGUAUGAUAUUAAAUGCUUCCAAUAUUGUACUAUUAAAAUUAUUAUAUUACGACGUUUAUAUGAUUUUAUUCGUUCGAACGGCGUAGGGAGAUAAGGACGUAUAUUAUAUAUAUAUACUCUACAGAUUGAUAAUACUCGAGAAUGUAUUUUAUAACAGUUUAUGCGUCUUUUUAUUUACACGAGUACUACAAGUGAUAAGUGAUAUUGUUAUUGAUAAAGAAAAAAAGAAAAUAACGGGGAAGAAAGAUAUGAGAUACAGAUAUUACCGUAUUAUUGAAAUUUUGUGCCAGUGUGUGCGUGUUGUGUGCGUAUGUGUGCGUGUAUGCGGCAUACGGCAAACCGGUACGUUACGGUUGUACUUCCUCGACGUUUCGUGCGUGUAGAAGCUUCGGUUAUCCGCGAUAGGCAUCGUGUUUACCACUACCACUAUGCGAAAAGAAAAAAAAAAGGAAAGAAAGGUAAAAUAUUGUGCAGAUAUAAUGCUUAUAAUACUCAUUUAUUAUAGUGUUAACAAUUAAGAAAUAUAUUUUUAUAUAAUUAUAAUGUAAUAUUAUAUACGCGGACGCACGCGUGACAUAGUACACUAACUCGAUCGAGCGGCGGAUGACUCCGGCCGCGGCGGAUCUCUUCCUUACAUCCAGCACUGGCGCGUAUAGAAUUGUCGUAAUUUCUUCUUAUCGACGCGGACCGUUCUCGCUCGUUCCCGUUCGGGUUUUCUUUUUCUACAAUCCGCAAUCCGCAACAAGUGAUUCUCAAUCGCAUUUCAUUUAGUUACAAGCGACAAGUCGUUCCUAACUGUAUCCACUAACUCAGCAGUAACUCAGCACGCGUUCUUUCCGUAUUUUUUAUUUCUCGAUGUUUUCCUAUCUUUCUUUUUUUUUUUUUUUUUUUUAAUUUUGCAUUGUAAGCUUUACUUUCUCCGGAGAGCAAGAAAAAUAGGGUAUCUCUUUGCCUGUAAUUGUUACGUCUCGUUUCUCUUGGAUUAGGGAUUUGAUAAAUGUUCAAGUCAUUCUAUUUGCACCGAAAAUUGAAGGUGAUAUGAUUUCGAUGAGUUCGACAAAGAGUUUUGAGCUCAAUGAAACUGUGUCGCUUCCCUAAUUGAUGUCUUAAUUUUUUUAAUAUAACUUCACGACCAACAACGGGUUAGGACAUCAGGAAAGGCAGAAAACUUACGAAGACAAUAUUAUAUACGUAUAGAUAAUAUAAAUAUAUAUAUAAAGUAUAUAUUAUAUAUUUCCUCUGAUUCGGGAGCUUUUGCGACCCGCUUGCCUCAAUAUAUGUACGUACUACUAAAUAACGAAAAGAAAAAAAAGUUACAGCGUAAUGUAAAUCGCGCCAGCUUUUGUGCAUCGACAUUAUCUCCCGAAUAACGAACAAUAACGAGAUAAAAUU